CACAUCACCCACCCAGUUCCAAAAUACUAGCUGCUCCUCUCUGCCUUCUGCCUCCCUGUUUAUUCCCAUCACCUCCAUGCUUACGUUAAAUAGAUUAUAGAGGACUCACUCAUUUAAAGACUGCAGUUUAUUUUAGGUCCAUCCAAGAAUAAGACUACUAGGGUUCCAGAGGGAUUGAAGUGAAGUCAGGUACCUUUGCCUCGAGGGACAGUGCUGUGUAGUAGAGCAGCGAGUCGGCGAGAGGCUUAGUAGGUCAGCUCAGCAGUGGUUUUACCCUCUGUACCACUCGGCUGGGAUCACACUUCUACUGGUUGUCCUCGGACUUGCUACACCAAGAGGCUCCCUGCACAGCUCCCAUCAUGUCUCUCAGGCUCCUGCCUUCCCUCAUGGUCGACGACGAUGACGAUGAUGGUAACUUCACAAAAUGGAUGAGUAGUUACUGGGGUCACGGGGCAGAAUGUGGACACUCCCGAGAAAGGAAACACAGUUUCAGAAGAUCUGCAAAAGCACACGGUGAUCGAAGAGCAUCACUCCCGACUGUGUCACAAUUAGAUGCCAUGAAGUUGAACAGGUUCCACGCAGCGACAAUGACAGCCAGCCCGAGCCACGUCAAGACGCGGGAGGACAAGGGGGAGGUCCGGCCUCACCAGAGAGCUCGCUGGAGCUUCUCAGAGGACAACAGCCGCUCCAAGUCAGCCGUACCAGAGAACCGCAUCACCACCAUCCCAGAGCUCACGGAGUCUUUCCAGAAGAGACUUUUUCUCCGGGAUAAGAGGACCAUGUCUGUGAAUGGUGAUGACAAGUUGUGCCUGAUCUGUUGUGACGACAUGCAGAAGGGCGGAGGGGGAGUUCAAGAGCUGCACUGUGCACACCGCUUCCACAAAGAGUGCAUGGAGCAGUGGCUGUGGAAAGAACAGACGUGUCCCACAUGCUGUGUCCUCGUGUUCAUGCCGAAGCCCCUCUAUUGGUCUUCGUCCCGCAUCAAAGUCCCAUAACGGUCCUUGUACAUACACCUGCCAUGCCUGCAUGUCGAUGAGACCCACUGAUCCCCCCUCCCCCCCAGAGGUCCACUGCACUUUGGUCGUUCUGCAUGAAUCCGCUGCUCCUUGGUCAACCUAUGCGGAUUUCCUCAAACCUGUACUUGAUUGGGAGAUUUUAGAUCAUUCUCUGUCUUGGGAGGGGGGGGCUCUAUGAGAGUUAGGGGGGCCCCUAGUCUAUAGCCACGACGUUCCACUUCUGGGAUUGCUCCGGUGCCAUUGGAAAAUCUGCCGGAUGUCAUUCUUUUCAGCCAGAUGUCAGUCCCCGUUCUUUGUCUCUGUGUUGGCUCUCUAACCUGCGGCUGAUUUCUGAGGACUAUGGUUACCUGGUCCUCAGAUCUCUGCAGGGUAAAUCCAGACAGCUAGCUAGACUAUCUGUCCAAUCUGAGGACUAUGGUUACCUGGUCCUCAGAUCUCUGCAGGGUAAAUCCAGACAGCUAGCUAGACUAUCUGUCCAAUCUGAGGACUAUGGUUACCUGGUCCUCAGAUCUCUGCAGGGUAAAUCCAGACAGCUAGCUAGACUAUCUGUCCAAUCUGAGGACUAUGGUUACCUGGUCCUCAGAUCUCUGCAGGGUAAAUCCAGACAGCUAGCUAGACUAUCUGUCCAAUCUGAGGACUAUGGUUACCUGGUCCUCAGAUCUCUGCAGGGUAAAUCCAGACAGCUAGCUAGACUAUCUGUCCAAUCUGAGGACUAUGGUUAGUCCUAGCAAGACUAGGGGACCCCUUAAUAAGAGAGAGAACUUGUAAUUUGCUGGUGUCUUACACUCUAAAUAUACAGUAUAAAGUUGUAAAAGAUUAGAAAGUUAUGUUUAAAUUAUUCCCAAAAGACGAGUGGUUUUGUCUCUUUGUCUACAUUAUAUUAGUGUCAAAAAAAUUCUCAAUUGAAUCUAAAGCUCUGCAUUGAACCUGCAGUUUUUGAAGAAAAUUUCCUCAAGAUUCAUUGUGGGUUUUUUAAGUUGUUAAUUUUUUCUUUUUACAUCUUUGCACAUCUGAUUUACCUUUAAGGAGAAUUUUUUGGGGAAAUUCGUUUAUUUGCUUUCUUGCUCAGAGUUAGAUGAGAAGAUUCAUGGUAACUGAGAUUCCCCUUUUAUAAAAUAAACUUCUUAAAACACAAUGUUAACUUUAACCCUUAUAACACUUCUCCCUUGUCAGACAAGAACAAAGGUCAUGUUCUGGAUUAACUUGCAAAGUGUCAAUAGCAUGUUGAGUAUUUGAAUAUUCAAACUAAUUGCAGCCAGUAUUUUUGUAUGAAUUGUAGACUCUGUCCAUGUUGAUGACAUAACUACAUCUGGGGAAAGUACUGUAUUUUAGAAGAGCAUGGGCCAAAAUAAUAAUACUUGGAGCCUCACGAUAAGCUUGAAAGUGAGCUAGACCAGCCGCCUGUUUCAUGCCUGUGUUAAUAAUCUUUACUCAUAAAUUGUAAAAGUAAAGUCCUCCUCCUGA